UUUCAAUUUUUGGUGAUGAAGGAAUCUCUAGAAUCGAACUUCAUGAACAGAAGAGGUUCAUCAUGUUUUCCAGAUGAGGUUCUUGAGCGUGUUAUUAGGAUGCUGAAAUCAAGAAAGGACAGAAGCUCUGUGUCACUGGUUUGCAAGAAGUGGUACAACGCUGAGAGAUGGUCAAGGAGGAACGUAUUCAUAGGUAACUGCUACUUUGUGUCCCCUGAGAUCUUAACCCCAAGGUUCCCAAACAUAAGAAGUGUUACACUGAAAGGGAAGCCACGUUUCUUUGAUUUCAACUUGGUUCCUGCAAAUUGGGGUGCUGAUAUUCACUUUUGGCUUGUGGUGUUUGCUGAAAAGUACCCUUUUCUUAAGGAGCUUAGGCUUAAGAGGAUGACUGUUACUGAUGAGAGUUUGAAGUUCCUGGCGCGCUCUUUUCCAAACUUCAAAGCUAUUUCCCUUCAAAAUUGUGAUGGUUUCAGCACUGAUGGUUUGGCUGCAAUUGCUGCUGAUUGCAAGAAUUUAACUGAGCUUGACAUACAAGAGAAUGUCAUUGAUGAUAAAAAUGAUAAUUGGUUGACUUACUUCCCAGAAAGCUUCACAUCGCUGGAAGUACUGAACUUUUCCAUCUUUCACAAUGAUGUAAAUUUUGAUGCAAUUGAGAAGCUUGUUACUAGGUGCAAAUCAUUGAAGACUUUGAAGCUUAAUAAAAGUAUAGCACUGGAACAGUUACAAAGGCUACUUUUUAGAGCUCCUCAGUUAUGUGAGCUUGGUACUGACUCAUUUUCACAAGAGCUGACAACACAGUAGUACUCGGAGUUUGAAAGCGCCUUCAGCAAUUGUAAAAA